AUUAUAAUUCCUCUUCGUGGCAGAACACGCGCGUUCCCGUGCGCGUACGGGCCACGGGGCGGUCUCCCCGGGGCUAUAUAUACACAGAACACCGCGGCGAACAUCGCAGUCCCUCCACAGGAAGCUCUCCUGGCAGUGUGUGCGUGUGUUGUGUGCGUGUGUGGCCUCGACCCCUGACCUCGACAGCACCUGGCCAAGCCGACUCUGCUCUACACCGCGGGACGAGUUCGCACUGCACGGCACUGCGCGCUGACUGACGCACGUGGGAUCACUGCAGAAGCGAAUUCAGUAGCGCAAGGUGCUGAGCUUUGCCCAGGGCCGUACUCGACACUGCCCUGGCUCACGCGGUGUCCGUGCAGGGCGCGUGGUGCGAUGUCUACGCCCAGCAGGGCCUGGAGUCCCGCCGACUCCAAGCCCGAGGAGGAGCAAGGCAUGCGACUGCUCCGCAAGACCAAGGAAAAUCCCCUCGUGCCACUCGGGCUGGCAGGAUGCGCCGCCGCCGCUGCGUACGGAAUCUACACCCUGCGCACUCGGGGCAACAGGAAGAUGUCCCUGCACCUCAUCCACACGCGCGUCGCAGCACAGGGCCUGGUGGUGGGAGCCAUGACGCUCGGGGUGCUGUAUUCAAUGUACAAAGAGUACAUCUUGAAGAUACCACCUGAUGAGCCUACCGGGAGCAGCAAGUGAAACUCCUUCUCUGGUCAAGAUGCGAAUCCCACUCACAGAAAGCUACUGCUGGCAUAUAGGCUACAUACUUGUAUAUUGUUCCCACGAUGUUAUAUAACAUUCACAUUGUACAUCUGCGCUUCAACAAGUAGCACGCGUAUACUAAUACAACUGCAAUGCUGAAUAAAAGUGCUGACUUGUCCAGAAAGUAAUAGGCAAGAGUGCCUUCCACCAUGGAAAAAUUAAAUGAAACAACGUUUAAGCCUAUUAGCCUACACGCAUUCCGGACCGCUGUUUUAUACCUUUGCUUGUCCCGAAGGACUAUAAACGUGAAAGGGAAAAAGCAAGAUUUUAUUUUUACAUGGUUAUUAAUAUUAUUAUUUGUAUUUGCCACAAUCCACCAUGAUGGCACAUACUUUUUUUUCCCCUGAAGUGAUGUGUUAACACGGUGUGACAGCCAUCGCAGAUCAGUUUAACACGUGACCAAUAUCAUCCAUAAUAGAGGUUUUUUUGGGUUAAAUCGCGUAAGAGAAGCCAUCACAGAUGUUGGCCACUGCUAAUAGAGGGCAUCCAUAAAAGUAUUAUCCAUUCUUAUAACAUUAUUAUUAGACAACAGUUUGCAAUGCUCGGCUGAUAUAUUGUUAUGUAAUUCCUAAUAUUCUUAAUUUUAAACUGAAAAGCUUGGGUGAUCUUGAAUAGCACAUAAUGGGAGCAUUCAAAGCAAUCACAGCCGAGAAGUUUGGUCAACAUCUGCGACUAUUUUUGGCCACUAACGUUGAUGACAAUUUGUUUUACACAUGCUACAGGCUCUAAGCCAUAUAUGCAGCAUAAAGCGACUCUUCGCGAGGGCAUAUUUAUCCUAGAAAAAGCGAGGAAACACAUUGCACAGAGCACGAGGCUUCUUAAACUAUUUACACGCAUGCACAUGAAAUGUGCAGAUGGUGCAGCGGAUGCUAACACGUCCAGAGUGAAAUGAGAUUCAUGUGAAGCACAGCAACACUGCAAUACACCGUGGCACUAGAUUGCUUGUGUUUUUUAGAACGGAACUGCUGUUUAUGCUAAUACCGUGUGUAUUUUGCAGUGAAUGUAAGGUAAAAAAGUUUGCACGUAUUUUUUAGUUGAAAAUAAGUUCUUACAUAAAUUGUAUAGUAAUCUGCUUAUAUUGGACAUGGGCACACAGUCUGCAUCCUGCUAUGUUUUAAACAUGAUUUAUAUGUGUGUAUAUAUACCAUAGUUCAUGCAUUCAUGCCCUCUUGCUCUUCGUACUUGAAUAAAGUCCAGCUGAUAAAAAAACGCCCAUGUUUUCAUAUCUUCAAGUUUUAAUUGAUGCAAUUAAUUAUGGAGGAUAAUGACUGUAGUUUAAAAUCAAUUAGAAAAGUGGUUUACACUGGGGUUAGACAAACUGCGUUAUUAUUCCCAGGC